GAUGCUGUUUGCCUUCCCUCCUCAUGCCCAGGACAGAAGUAUUUCACAAAGUUUCAUUUUAAAAAAUUCAACCAAUGUAAAUGAUUUUCCCAUGUUUGAAGUGCCAUAAUGCUCAACCGCUGCAAGACGCACAAAUGUGUAACUUCGAACGGAUUAUACUGCGGAUAAAAUGAUGGAUAUUGUUGGAUGUGCGAAUGCAAAAGAAAGGUUUUGAUAUUUCCGUUGGACACCUGUUCUUUUGAUGCCAAACCGAGCUGAUGAACAUCAACUUGACCUCAGUUAGGUCUGAUUGUUUGAUGCUUCACACUACUGGACAACGGGCUGCGCAGCAGUGAUCUUCUUGCCAGCAAGUCGGACUUAAACACGGUUUGUGGUCGCUUUCAUAUUAUUUUGCAAAUCCGCCACUCUUUCGCCGAUACAGCAACUUGAGCUGCAGGAGCAGAGCAAGCUCGGCUCCAGACCGCAUUUCAUUUAGGAGUUUAGACAUCGACUCAAGUAUUAGACGCUCUUGGUUCGCUCUUUCAUUGAGGUGGAAGGUUGUGGCCAGUUCUCCCGAGGGAUGUUUCUGGGCUCCCCAGAGCAGGGAGCGACAGCCCGGCUCCUGCAGUGGACCUUCGCCUCGUCCUGGUGCCUAUGCAGCGGAUCUGAGAGAUGAGAGCUGCGGUAUACCACCUCCUCGCCGGCUGCCUCUGCCUGUUACGCACCGCUGCUGAGGAGUCUCCUCUCCCCCGGGCGCUGUUGGAGCGCCUGUCCCGCAGCGAGAUCCGCAGCAUCAGCGACCUCCAGCGGCUGCUAGAGAUAGACUCCGUAGAGAACGAGGUGAUCGAGGAGACCAAACACAGCUACCACAAGGACUUCUCUCACAGCUUCCCCGACUUGAAGAGAGCACACACACACACCAGACACAGGAGGAGCACUGUGGUGGAAGAGGCCUUACCGGCGGUGUGUAAGGUGCGGACAGCGAUCUAUGAGAUCCCCAGGAGCCAGGUGGAUCCCACGUCGGCCAACUUCAUCAUCUGGCCGCCCUGCGUCGAGGUGAAACGCUGCACCGGCUGCUGCAACACCAGCAACAUGAGAUGCCAGGCGGCUCGCAAGCACCACCGCAUGGUCAAGGUGGCGAAGGUGGAGUACGUGCGGAGGCGUCCCAAGCUGAGGGAGGUGCAGGUGAGGCUGGAGGAUCACCUGGAGUGCAUGUGCACCAACAAACGCCACAUCAGCCCAAACUCAGACACAGACAAUGGCAUCAGGUGAAGACAGGUGGACAGACGAAGGACGGAGGACGGGAAGAGGAGGACGACCUGAACCGGAAAACAAGGAGGAACCUUCAGCCUCUCCGCCAUCUCCUGCCAUCAAGUGACUGUGAAAGGUUUGAUGGACUGUAUUUUGACCUGUGACCUUUGGGAGGUUUAAUGGAGGACUCAUGUGGACCUCAGCUGUACUUUUUGUGAAAAAAUAAAAAAAAUAAAACUGAGGGCCACGAACUGCCAGACACAGAAGCCAAUAAGAAGCAGGCUGACGGUUUCCUCGCAGCGGAUCCUCGAUGGAGAGAAGAAGCAAUCAGAUGAUGAAUGGACACUGGCUGAGAUGAGGUGGAUUCUGGGAUGCCGAAGGACUUAUUGUCUGAGUCUCGUUCCUUCUCCAGAGUAUAAACCGCUCAGCGACUGGGAUUAUACACUGGGUGGAAUCCUUUCUAGAAACAGUGACUGGGAUUAGGUUUUUGUACUCCAAGAUUUACUCUUCCUCAGCAAAACGCUCACACACACUACACACACACGCACGUAUAUCCUCUUAUUUUUAUAGCCUCUCAUUUUCUAUCGCUGUCUGUUUCUACUUCUGGUAUGUUAUCCGCAUAAAGAAUGGAAGGAACAAACUCCUCCUGACAUU